AUGAAAAGGGAGAUUGUUAGACCGUACAGUAAGUCAAAAAUACCGCGACUGCGAUGGACCACCGAUCUUCAUCGCUAUUUUGUCCAUGCUGUUGAAGAUCUUGGUGGCGAAAAGAGAGCAACUCCUAAAAAGAUUUUGAACUCAAUGGGUGUGAAAACACUCACAAUAUCACAUGUGAAAAGCCAUCUCCAGGUGUAUAGGAACAUGAAGCAUGAAGAGUCCAUACAAGCAAAAAUGAGAAUGAUACGGCAAAUGAGGUGGCGGCAAACUCAACAAUACCUUCGGAUCUAUGAACGUCUUCGAGACGCAACCAAGUUUAUGCAAAGCCAACAAAGGCUACAGUGCAAUAGUAAUGAAAAUAUGGAUGUGUCUUUCAAGUCUCUCUUUCAAUCUUCCAGAGUUGGACUAAUUGAAAUCAGAGACGAUGAUAAAGAUAAUAAUAACAAUAUCAUUGUUAAUGCUGAUGAUGAUGUCGCAACUGCUGGUGAUGGUGAAAAUGAUCCUUUAAACUCAGAAGUUUUGAAGGAUGAAGAAAAAUUGUCCCUUGAACUAACUCUUGGUCUCAAGUACUAA